CCUUUGGAUGGAGGCCCCGGGAGUCCAGAGCGAAUGGACUCCCUGAGGGGGCUCAUGGCGAGAAACAGGUGUGCUAAGACUACGAGAGAUGCGGCUCCAGGAGGUGGAGGGGCCUGAUGCCGAGAGAGAGUGGACCCCCGAGAAGGGCUGUCACACUGAAGGGAGUUCCCCCCAUGGACCGCACUAGGCCAAGAGCGAGCUCGAUCUGCUCUGCCCUCCCAUGCCCUUGCUCUGUGCCCGUCCUGGAGCUGCCCGUCCCGGAGCCAGCUGCCGCGCCUUGUGCCCGGCCCCAUGCCCCACAAGUGGCCCAACGAGGUCGAGUCGGAGACACGCAAAGAGGGACAGGACCCAAAUAAGGGGGGGCAGGCACCCCCUAAGGAGGAAGAGGAGCCCACAGCCAGCAAGAGCCCCGGCUCCAAGUCGCGCCGCAGCUCCCGCUCCAGCCAUGGGCGCAAGCACAGCAAGAAGCAUCACGCUGACGCCCAUGCCGAUGCCACCAAGGCCUACUCGCCCUUCCUCAACACUGUCUUCGGCAGGGAGCGGGAUCUGUCCCCAGUGGAACUGGAUGAGCUGCUGGAUGCCUUCAAGGAGUUCGACACAGACCAGGAUGGCUUUGUGAGCUACAAGGACCUGGGCGCCUGCAUGCGCACCAUGGGCUACAUGCCCACUGAGAUGGAACUCAUCGAGAUCUCCCAGCACAUCAAGAUGAGGAUGGGUGGGCGCGUGGACUUUGAGGACUUUGUGGAGAUGAUGGGGCCGAAGCUACGUGAGGAGACGGCUCACAUGGUGGGGGUGCGUGAGCUCAAGAUUGCCUUCCGUGAGUUGGACAGGAACGGGGAUGGGGAGAUCAGCAGCACAGAGCUGAAGGAUGCCCUCCUGGCCCUGCUGGGGGAGCAGGUCCCGCUGCCGGAGGUGGAGGAGAUCCUGCGUGAUGUUGAUCUCAAUGGGGACGGCCAUGUGGACUUUGACGAGUUUGUGAUGAUGUUGUCCUCCCGCUAACAAGGCCUGGGAGAGGGAAGCCCUUACCCCCCGUUGCCGUCGCUGUUCCAGCCUCCAGGGAGACCGAGCAGCUCCAAGUGGAUCCCCGCUUCUUGACAGCUGGUGACCCCCCCUUCUUUGCCAGCAGGAAGUUCCCUCGCAACUCCCUUAUGGGCCUUUCUAAGAAGAACCCUCCCUCUGGGUCUGCCUGCCCCUCUGCUGGCCCCUCUCCCUCACAGUGCGUUGCCAGGAAGCAGGGCCUGAAUGCCCAGUUGGCAACUGCUUUGGGGGCUGCUAAGGCUCUGACUAGGCCAGGCCCUGCUCCUUAUCUGGGAUCCCAGAUAAUCUCCCCUCACUCCCAAUCAGACUGUCCCCGCAGCUCGCCUUUGCUGCUGUCCUGUGCUGGUCUCCGCCUCCAGCCCAGCCCAUGAGCUGCCCUAGGUACCCACCUUCCUGCUCCUGUCCCACGUCAGGGAAAUCCCCUCUCCCCACCAGUGGCUAGACUGGAGUGGGGGAGACCACCCAACCCUUCACUACUCCAGCUCCACCCCAUCCCCUUGUUCGCUGAAUGGCUCUGCUAAAAUGCCUGACGGUGACAGAGCAUUAACAGUGGUGCUGUUUCCAUUUGUCCUCUGUCAUGCAUCCACAGGGUUGGCGUUACACCCUGGCUUUUCCACAGUUCCUUGGAGCAGUGUUUCCCGACCGGUGUGCCAUGGCACACUGCUGUGCUGGCAGGUGGGCUGUGGAAUUUUUUGAAAAACUACAUGUGAGAACAAAAGACCUUCCCUUGAAUUCUAAUGAGCGUUAGAGCUGGAUGGCAAUCUGUACGAGGCCCCUUUCAAAUACUAUGCACAGCUCACAUUCCAUUCCCCAAAGUGAGGCUAAGGGAGAAAACGUAAACACAGACAGAUUUGCCCUGAUGAAUGCAAUGUGCUGCAAUGAGCCUUUGAUGAUGAUGCACAUAAAAAAAAGACAUAGAUUUCAAGCCUAAAUUUUAAAUUUACAUUUGACUUAGGGUAAUAGCUGGAACCAGCCAGACCUGGAAUGGCAUUAUAAGUAAUUAUAUCACAUUUAAAAACAGCAGAGAAAGUGACACGCACUUGGGAAGACUAUUUUGGAAAUGAGCAGAAAUGUUUAACUAUUAAUUGCUUGUCAUCGCCAAACAUUAUUCUGGCACAAACAACAGAUCGCGAUCUAACACUAGCUGCCAUGUUUGUUUUGAUUUUAACCCUACUAGCCUCAUUCUGGAUUGGUUUCUGAAUAUUCAUGAGUCAAAAUUAAGAGUGGCCUAUGAUAGAUGCAAUGUUACAUCACGGUCAUAUGAACUUGACGUUAUGGGAGUCACGUGAGGUUAUCUAGGUGUGCCACAGCAGAGAAAAACAUUGGGAACCACUGCUUUGGGGGACUCCUCUCAGUGGACCAGGCCCCCAAGAGGGUCCCACUCUUCCCCCAGGGCUGGCCACACAACCUCACUUGUCUCUGGGCUCCAGUCUUCCUGCCUCAUGUGGUGAGCUCUGGCCAGUGAGGCCAACUGAGCCAGACGUCCUCUUAGGGAUGUGUAACUCUGAUGCACUCCAGCCGGAGUCUGCAGUGACACAGGGCAGUUUUUCCAACUAGAGCAGGGUUGGUUAGUCCCCUGGCACACAGCUUUCCAAGUACUAAGGGUAGCCCAGAGAAAGGAAGGUUAAAGCACAAUCCCUCUGGCCAAGCCCAAGCAACCCACCUGCCUCACUGUAGUGGAUUCCAUCUCAGGCACUCUCUCUGGCGUCCUUAGUCUGGCCAAUUGUUCCAGAAGCCUACUCUUGGUCCUCCAUUGGUCACCUCCCAAUCCUUUGGCUCCAGGCAAGGCCAUGGAGAAUUCACAGUCCUGCCUGCUGUCCAGUCCUUAGGGCUUCCCAUUGUCCCUCAGGACCCUCUCUUGAGUUGGGUCAGUUUCAACCAGUUCCCUGUUGACCCUAUUCAUUGGGGCCUAGUCAGAAAGGUCUCUCUCACACACACCCUUUCCUGCCCCGCAGUGCCCCCAAGAGCAGAUUUAACUCUCCACUCCCAAACUGGCUAGCAAUGCAGAGUACAGAGGGAAACCGAGGCACACAAGAUUCAUAAAAAUAUUACAAAAGAUUCUCACUUCAUCACAGCUCUUCUCCCUCGGGGGCCGAACUGACCAGGGCUGCUUUAUCCUUUGACCUGGGAGGUUCCAGUCCACCAUGGUUAUUCAAAGACAUCCCAGCGCAGUGACCAUUUCCAUGGUAGCAGUUCUACCUGGCGCUUGUGAGGUGCGUACAGCACAGUUUCUAACCAAGUGUACAGUUUUCACAGCACAGGGCAGAGCAGUUUCACGUCCUCCCUUCGGGCUGGUCUGUUUGAUGAUAUGAGCAGAGUGUACAUGGGAAGUUUUCAUGUGGCCCCCAGCCCUUUGGUCACUCGAGAACCUUUGGGUUUGAAACUGGGUCCAGCUGUUACCUCCUCCCGGUCUUCUUCUAGGGAAAGAUGAGGGGAGGGAACUGACAUUCCUCCAUAGGUCAGCCAUCCUGGUUGCAGCCUGGGGUGUCCUGACCCCUAAGUUGGCUAGGAAGUGACCCUGUGAGCAUCUGGUGGUUCAGUGUAGGUUUGUUCCCCUGCAAGGUUGGUCUUAACCCAGCCAUAUCUCUGGGGCACAGGUGUCCCGGGGUGCUUAGGUAUGGAUUCUGGGGGGAGCCCCACACUGGCAGACCCCCUCUGGAGCUGCAUCUCAAUGCCAGGGCUAUGCAUAUGUUGGGAACACAUUUCUGCUGCUGGGGUCAACUUGUUGCCCUCAGCUUCAGGACAGAGUCCUGUCUUAGGGCCCCCUGCCCCGAUGGGCUGUGAUUCAGGCUCUCUUGGAUAGGAGAACCCAUCAGUUCCAUGGCUAUGCCCUGAUAAGUUGUGUUCAUGUUCGGUAGCUGCUGUCCAGCUGCUUUACCCUUCCCUGGGGCUUCUCCCACCCUGAACAAGACAAACGUAUCUGGCAGUCGUCCUGCCCUGCCCAUGUCCUCCCAUGCUCAGCUAGGGCUUCAGCCACCACUGGACCCAGCUUGGCCUCUACGUCCCCAGGCUGACUCCCUUGGUCACAGCAGCAGGCCUCAGGCAAGUUGUGCUUGAGCCCAUGUGACACAUCUGCUGUGCGGAGAUGGAUGGGUGCAUUCUUCUGCCCCACUUGGAUACAUCUCUCUGCUUACAGACAGACAGGUCUCCUGACAUUAACAACCUUUCCUCCUUCUCGCUAACACCUCUGGUCUGCUUGGUUCAAACCCUGGGCUGGUCCAGCAAGAGGGGCUGAAUUUUGUCUUAAAGUGACACAUUCAUUCCCAAGAAUCAAAGCUGAUAUCCUGGAGACCAGCCACCCCGAUCCUUCCUGUGUCUGCCCAGGGAUCUCAGCUAUAGGUAGGGUCAAUGGCUACCCAUUUGGAACCUUACCUCAAGUUGUCCUGCCUUUCAGGAUUUGAUGGAGUUUCACCAGCGAGGGUUCUCUUUGUCCCACAGUCCCUCCAGUCCAUGAAUGUCUUCCCAUUAACUUUCUGCUCCCACUCAGCUUUAGGCUUUCUGUCCAAUAACCAUGUUUUAAGCUUGUGGGGAAGUAUCUUACAGAAUUGUUCCCCAAAUCCUCCAGUGUCGUGAUACCUGCAUCCUUGCCCCAUCACCAUUCUCCCAUCAGGGUGGUGGCUUCCAUUUGUGUCACAACCUUGAUCUUUUGCACACACUCCAAACCUUUUCCUGUAAGUCUCAGAUGUCAUUUCAGACUUAAGCAGUAGAGUAUUGCUUUGGGACUGAGUGAGACAGCCUGCACCCCUGUGUCCACACCCUAUUGUACAAAGUAUGCCUUGGGAGGUAUCAGUGAAAAAAACUCAUAAUUAGCUGAUCAGUAAUAUCAUGGCAAAAUAUACGUAGCCGCAUUCUGUGGGAAGUUCUAAACAUAAGCGGAGAUCAUGACUAGAAGUAGAUUUUCCAGAAAUGUCCGGGGAGUGGCCAGACCAGUUCCUCAGAGAGGAAGGGCAAACUGACAACUCAGCCAGUUGUCAACAAGCAGGGCCAUUACCUGCCAAGUGGUCAUUCUUUGGCAGGAAAGGGGGAAGGGGCAAAAAACCCCAAAACAAACAAAAAAACUAACCUCCAAACCAAAAACCUACAUCUUAGCAAAGAACCAGCCUGGGGUUCCACUCCACACAGGCUGUCUGUCGCCUGUUCCUAGCUGGAAAUGCAUCUCAACAUGGGGACAGGACUAUAAAAAGAGGGGCAGACACCCCAAGGGACUCCUUCUCCUUACUUUCACUCUGUCCAUCGAUUUGCUGCACCAGAAGGAACAAAGUAAGCAGCCAUUACACAGAAGAAGGGGGCCUGGCUUCAGAUGUUUGGCCUGUAAAACUGUUGCGAGUAUGUGGUGAGAGAAAUUUUGCUGUGAAUUUCACAUAGUUUGUUCAGUGAGGCUUUAGUUGUGUUUUAUCUUUACUUUUCUUGUAACC